CGUUUCUCAACUGGAUAAAUCUAACAACGCUGAACACACAUUGUGCCCGAGGGAGAUUGCAGAGCUUUGUGGAGCACCAAUAUCUUCAGUCAGUAGAUCACGUUUACCUAGCAGUGGAUCAGAUGAAACACAAAGGAAUUCAUUCUUAUCUGGUAUGACCAACUUGCUCCUCCUGAGGUCCGGUGACGUGGAGAAAAAUCCUGGUCCAAAUACCCAGCCUGGGAAUCUAACUGAGUUCGAACUCCAUCUCCUUGCUGACGGUAUGGAUCCAUCAGACUUCAGGAAGGUUGGACUAGCUUUAGGAUUCACUGAGGCUCAACUAAGUCGAUUCAAGGAAGACAACAUUGGGAACAUAAUGCAAGCUACCUAUAAGAUGCUUUAUGAAUGGCUAAAGACAGUACGAGAUAGUGAGGCGAGGGAGACACUGUCCAACAAGUUAAAAGACAUCGGUCUGGUACAGCUUGCCGACAGUGUACAGAAAGGUAAGGCCGGAGAUCACAUACCAUCAAUGACGGAAGAUGAAUUCCAACGGGUCAUCAAAGAGGUCAAGAAAUAUUCGGCCAUUCACCACUGUCAAAUUCAAGCCGAUCCACUGAACAGCCGACUUAUACUUGAAUUUAAGCGGAUUUUCACAAAUCUGACGUUGAUGGAGGAAGAUAAGGGAACUGAGCAUAAGACGCCGCUACUCUACGAAGACCUCCUCAAGACCAAGGUAAACGGAGUCUUUCCUCAACGCUUGUUGGUUGAAGGUGAAGGUGGUGUGGGGAAGACAACUCUCUGUGCAAAGAUCGUUUGGGACUGGAUUCAUGGAGCAGGCUACCAAGAUUUCAAACUUGUACUUCUCGUCCUCCUUCGUGAAGUAAAGGAUAAGACUAUUGGAGAUAUUAUAAAGUCCUACCUCCCAGACGACAAUAUGGUUACAGCCAUGCAGCUAAACAAGUAUGUAUUUUCCCAUCAGACAGACGUCCUUCUCGUUCUGGACGGUUUUGACGAGUUUGCUGGCGAUCCUAAAAGCUGUUACCAAAUCGCCCUUAUCAUCCUGAAUCGGCUAUUCAAGUCAGGGAAAGUACUAAUCACAUCAAGACGAUGGAGAUCAGAUGAGAUACGGAAUAUUCAAGAGCUUAGAAAGCUUUAUGCCUUCAUUGCCGUGGAAGGUUUCUCUGAUGAAAAUCUAUCUUCCUACGUCACCAAGUUCUUCCAUCCAGACACAACUUCGGCUGAAGAUUUGAAUCGAUUUAUAUCAAAUAACGAUGUGAUCAGAGAGAACAUGGCUCCAUACCCCAUAUACACAGCUAUGCUGUGUAUCAUGUGGAAAGAAUUCGAUGGAGCUCGUCGCAUAGCAAUGUCGAAAUUACAAACAUUUUCUCAGCUCAUUAAUGAGAUGGUCCAAUUCUUGGUCGAUCAUUAUCUCUCAAAGCUCGGUCUGUCCGCAAUAGACAAGAAAUGGCGUGUACAGCGUGCAGAAAUACUUCUCCAUCUAUCCAACAUCGGAUGUCUUGCCUUCCAGGGGCUCAAGGAAAGGCGAUUGGUGUUCACUGAACAAGAGUUCAAGAGCUGGCCCGGGUGUGUGACAAUAGGUUGUCAAGUUGGAGUACUCACUAAACAAGCACCGAUCCUUCAGAGGAGAAGCAGAAUGUAUCACGCACAUUCCGCAGACUCAUCUGUGCAGUUUCCCCAUAAGCUGUUUCAGGAGUAUCUAUCGGGGAUGUAUCUCGCAUCUCUUCACAACUCAAACAGAAGCGAGUACGACAGGUUGAUGGAGGAUAUAGUCGGAAAAGCAAGGGAAUUCCGGGAGCUUCUGUACUUCACAUCGGCUCAACAGAAGGAGGUCGGAUCGGAUAUCAUAACUCGUCUAAUAGCAACAACGUCAACACGGUCAAUGGGAUAUGGGCGUAUCGAUGAUGACUACAUUGUUGAUGUAGCAUAUGAGAGUCAAGACCAAACAGUGGCCAGAGCUGUGGCAGAUCAUCUAUCGACUUCAUCCAGCAACACACUUGAGAUCGGGGAAGAGAUGCAGGGCCACACGGUUUCAGGACAUAUCUUCAUCAUGAAUCAUCGUAAAGUGAAAAAUCUGGAAAUUGUAAAGCCAUGUGGACGGACUGCUUCAGAGGACCUGGCUGAAUUCAUGUGCUCCUCAAACACCCUGAGCUCUGUGACGAUCCGUAUGCCUAAUGUCAAAGCGGAUGCACACAUGCAUGAUGUGUUCUACUCUGUGCUUGCUCGGAACGCCACUGAUACCAGGAUUGAGUGUCUUGACAUCAAUCACAUUGAUCUCAGUCAACGUCAGUCUGCAUCACGUGAUCUGGCUCAGUUUAUUUGUAAGAUGCCUCAUCUCAGGGAACUUCAUCUCGGUGGUGCAUACAGAAACAUCGGUCCCUCGUUUCAUGACGAGUUCUAUUCAACGUUGUCAUCAUUAGCAUCGUCUGCAAAGAUUGAGUAUCUUGACAUCAAUGACAUUGAUCUCAGUCAACGUCAGUCUGCAUCACGUGAUCUGGCUCAGUUCAUUUGUAAGAUGCCUCAUCUCAAGAAACUUCGUCUCUGUGGUGGAGAGUACGUUGCCUCAUUUAAUGACGAGUUCUAUUCAACAUUAUCAUCAUUAGCAUCGUCUGCAAAGAUUGAGAUUCUUCAUCACAAUGAGGAUCUCAGUGAACGUCCGUCUGCAUCACGUGAUCUCGCUCAGUUCAUCUGUAAGAUGAAUCAUCUGAAGAACCUCACACUCUACGGAUGGUAUCAUGAUGACUUCUUCUCAACAUCAUCGUUGAUGGCAUCAACUACCAAGAUUGAGAUUCUUGAUCUCAGUGAGGAUCUCAGUGAACGUCCGUCUGCAUCACGUGAUCUCGCUCAGUUCAUCUGUAAGAUGAAUCAUCUGAAGAACCUCACACUCUACAGUUGGUAUCAUGAUGACUUCUUCUCAACAUCAUCGUCGAUGGCAUCAACUACCAAGAUUGAGAUUCUUGAUCACGAUGGUGAUCUCAGUGAACGCCCCUCUGCCUCACGUGAUUUCGCUCAGUUCAUCUGUAAGAUGAAUCAUCUGAAGAACCUCACACUCUACGGAUGGUAUCAUGAUGACUUCUUCUCAACAUCAUCGUCGAUGGCAUCAACUACCAAGAUUGAGAUUCUUCAUCACAAUGAGAAUCUCAGUAAACGUCCGUCUGCAUCACGUGAUCUCGCUCAGUUCAUCUGUAAGAUGAAUCAUCUGAAUAACCUCACACUCUACGGUCAGUAUCAUGAUGACUUCUACUCAACAUCAUCAUCGAUGGCAUCAACUGCAAAGGUAAUGUUAGGAGGUUUUUACAUGUAA